AGCUAUCGGCAUUGUGCUGUUAUCGUUCAACAAUGGCGGCGAUUUCAACUGAGUCCGAACUCAAUGAGACAACUUGCAGGAAAGAUUUCAACUUGCCUUGGAUCAAACGUGAUCUAGUGUGUGCCACAAAACAGUGCCAGGAAAUGGGGCUUUUACAAAGUGCAAAGUGGUGUGCUGAACUAUCAUACUCUCUUCAGAAUGUGAAGCCAGCUCCAUCAAUAGAUAUUGAGGAAGAUCCACAGGACUUCUUGGAAGAAUUUGACAAGUACACCCUCGCUAAGACAUUCUUCGACCUGAGGGAAUACGAGAGAGCAGCUUUCUUUGUAGACGACUGUCAAAGCAACAAAGCUUUCUUCCUUCACAUGUACGCUGACUACCUGGCUGGGGAGAAAAAGAAGUACGAUGACCUAACUGAUCUCAUAGGACCCAUCCAGUUCAAAACCAUUCAGAACGGUUCACUCAAGGUGCUACGAGUUGAACUGGAGAAGAGGUACAAUGAAGGCCGCUGUGAUGGAUAUGCACUCUAUUUGUAUGGGGUGGUUCUGAAGAAACUAGAGCUGCAAAAGGAAGCUGAGAAGGUACUGGUGGAAGCCCUUCAUAAAGCCCCUCUUCACUGGGGAGCCUGGAUAGAGCUAGCGGCCCUCGUCACAGACUGGGAUAAGUUGACUAGUCUAAAUCUGCCAGACCACUGGAUGAAAGAGUUCUUCCUAGCACACACCUGUGUAGAGCUGCAGCUGAACGAAGAAGCACUCAAGAGGUAUACGACUCUCAGCGAGGCAGGCUUCCACAAGAGUACCUAUAUCAUAUCACAGAUUGCAAAUACACAUCACAUUAUUAGAGCCCUGGAUGUUGCAGUGGAGCUGUUCAGCCAACUACAGAAGGUUGAUCCAUAUAGGUUAGAAAACAUGGACACUUACUCCAACCUACUGUAUGUCAAGGAGAUGAAAGCUGAACUAAGUCAUUUAGCCCAUCAGGUGUGUGAGGUGGAUAAAUACAGGGUCGAGACAUGCUGUGUGAUCGGCAACUACUACUCCCUACGUGGGCAGCAUGAGAAAGCUGUGCUCUACUUCCAGCGAUGCCUGAAGCUGAACCCUCACUAUCUCUCUGCCUGGACUCUCAUGGGUCAUGAAUACAUGCAGAUGAAGAACACUCCAGCCGCUACAGAGGCAUACAGGCAAGCCAUAGAGGUGAAUAAGCGUGAUUUCAGAGCAUGGUACGGUUUGGGACAGACGUAUGAUAUUCUUCGUAUGCCCUUCUACUCCCUCUAUUACUACAGACAGGCUCAGCAAGUCAGACCAAAUGAUUCAAGAAUGCUGGUAGCCCUUGGUGAAAGCUAUGAGCGUUUGGAUAAGAUCGCCGAAUCAAAGAAGUGCUACUGGAGAGCCUACUCUGUGGGAGACGUCGAAGGCGUAGCCCUAGUCAAACUAGCAAGAUUACAUGAGAAAUUCAAUGAAGAGGAGAAAGCAGCCUCCUUCUACUCUAAGUAUGUGGAACAGAUGGAGACGAUGGGGACGGCAGACACAGAGGAGCAUUGUCAGGCCUACCGGUACCUAGCCAGGUACCAUCUCAAGCAGAAUAACUUUGAUGAGGCCACCAUCUAUGCACACAAAUGCUGUGAUCAUAGCGAGACGAGAGAAGAAGGCAAGGCCAUCCUGAAGGAGAUCUCGACCAGACGACCCAGCGGGGAGACACCCCAUGCUUCCACCCACCCCUCCUCCACUCUGGAGGCAGACGGGGGCUCCAUCACGCAGGGGCAAACCCAGGUCAGCCGGACGGGGGAUGCAGCGGGCGAUGUCCUCAACAGGGUGACCCCAAUGAACCUCACAUUCACCCCUUGACCCCACAGGAUAGACUGAAAAACCUUGUAUCCAUGGAUACGGACUAAGUUCAAACCCAGACCAAAUGGGUAGCUAUUUCGCUGAUUUGUGAAGCAUCAAGUAUCAAACUCUUAAUUUUGUAACUUUAUGAAUUAACAAAAAUCAUUUCAUCAUGAAAUAAGUCUCUCAUUUUUAUAUCCAGAUUGGACUAAUUUUAUGUACGGUAUUUGUUUUGUUACAGAAUUUUGGGUAAUAUAUUUGGUAUAAAGAGAUCCACACUUAGCACUCCAUACAUGAGUGGACUAGACCAUGUUUAAUCUACUUUGCCUGUACAUACAUGAAUAUGAGCCUGAUAUUAUAUGAACAGCUGCAAUUCCAAUUGUCCGUUUCUAGACAAUUCAAACAAAUACUACAUUUCUACUCACUUUAGUGAGAUAAUUAGAGCUGUACGGCCUCUGAUUUAUGUAGCUGAUAUGCAGAACACAUUGCAUUAUUAAACUGCAUUUCUACGACACAUCCUUCUGUGACAAUUGUUGUGGGGUCAAUUUCCUAGAGUAACCAAAGUCAUAUCUUUACCUGGGACCAAAUAAUAUUCCUAACCCCAACCUAAAACCAAUUUGCAAUCUUAACCAUAUUCCUUCAUCUUUGAUAAAAUCAAGGCCUGAGCAAAUGUCACCAGGAUUAAUGAUGGGUCAGCCAAAUAGUAUCACAAGUGUUUUUGAAAGCUAUUUUCAUAUAUCUAUAUCCCUGAAAGUGUUUAAACGUGAUAAAGUCAUCUCAAAUAUGUUCAGAAUAAAGUGGUUGAAACCAAGUGCUUUGCAUCUCAGUGGUUUCUCAAAGUCAAGAAUGUGGGUCGUAAGGGCUGGUAAUUUUGGUCACAAAGGUCAUGCAGUCAUUUUGUGCUACAGACAUGUUCAUUAGAGCAUUCAAACUCUCACAACAGUUUUGCUCCUGCCGAGUUUAAUAACAGGCAUUUGUGAACAACAAUGGAGAAGAAAAAAGACAAACAUGUAUCUGCUUUAAAGAUAAAGUUGAGUUCUAGUUAUGCGAUUGCAUCGUGAAAGAAACGAUGCGGAAUCG